AGUCGUCUCUGUCUGGCUCGAAGAGGAGGAAGAAGGGUUUGGUGGAGAGUUUUUAAUUUAUUGAUAUUUUCGUGAAAAUUCGCCCGGAAAAUCGUGCAAAAAGUGCAAACACGCCACAAAGUGCACCCAUAGAGCACAUUAAACGUGUAAUUUGCUGGCAGCAAUGGGAGAAAAGAGUGCUGGUGACUUUGUUCGCAUAUGCAAACUGUCAAAGUGCGUCUCUCGGGCAAUUUUCGAUAAAUAAUCAAUUGUUUCCCAACAAUUGUGGCCGGAUUGCAUGAUAUUUGCAUAGUGGACGGCCCCCAACGCAUUUUUUGCGUGGCUGCGCGUGUGGAAAAGCAGUGCAAGAGACGGAAAUUGGGGUUUUUUUUCCGUGUGCGGCUGGCCGAGGGAAGUGGUGUGGGAAAAUUUCCCAAAAUAUUUUUAUUAUUCUCUUCGGGCGUCUUUUCGCCCCACUUCCGGGCGGUGUUUUGACUACCCGGAGAGACAGUGUGUAGACGCCCAGGCGGGAGAGUGAAGUGUCGGAUCAUGUCGCGCUGGAGCAAGAGUCGCAAUCAGGGUUUUGCCGUUCCCAUAGAUUCCCUGCUCAAGGAGAAGGAGAACACAAAUCGCCCCACAGCCGCGCGGUCGGCGGGAACAGUGGGAAAAUGGGGCGUCACGAGCUUCACCUCCAUGCGCGGGGUCUCGAUAUACGGACGCAGCGGAUUCUCGCAGUACAGCCCAAAGCAGGAGGCCUCGCCGUCAGCCUACAUAUCGCCCACUCAGGAGCCCCAGCUGAAUCAGAAUGCGCCCAACAUUGAGGCGCCGAAACCGAAGAAGUUCUUUAAGAGUCGCAAUGCUGUGCCAGCGGAGCCUUUUCUCAUUCAAUCACCGCAGACUUCGCCCUCAAUGGACUGCGCCCAGCCGCCGUCCUUCGCCCAGGCCACCACCUCGUCGGAGGGGCAGCCGGCGAAGGGCCCCGGAAGGCCGCGGAAGCCGAAGCUUGAGGGUGAGAAGCCGGUGAAGAAGAAACCCACCAAAAGUACAAAGAAACCGAAAGCAAUUGUGGAGGAGCAGGAGAAGAAGGCGCCCAAGAGCAAAGAGGGCUACUCAAAGGCCGCCACGGCGGUGCCCAGCAAGCGCUACUUGGCCAGGAAUCGGAAGGUGGUGAACUACAGCGAGACCACCAGUCGCAGUCCGACGCCUGAGCGGCCAAAGUAUCCGGUUGGCGAGGCUUCUAGUCCGCCCAAAGCCCCGCCAGGCGAUCACCCGCCCAUCGUCCUCAGGAUCUCUAAGGGAACGUCGAGAUUGGUGAGCACGGAUAGCGAUGAAGUGAACAAUUCACCGACUUAUUCAGCUCCACCGCAGAAUUUGCUGCCACCGCCAGUGUCGACGGCCACGAUUGGCGAGACUGUUGGCGCUCUCUCGUCCACGGCGGAAUUGUUGGCGGUGCUGUCGGAGCAAUCGACACCUGCUGCGACUGUUCAGGUGCAAGAAAGCACUCCGAAGCGCGCUGACGAGGAGGCAGACUGUUUGAAGAUCAAAAUACGCACAGACGGCAACAAAGGUUUCAUCAACAGUACCAAUUUAGCGCCUGAGAAGCCUGAGAAGCCCGAGAAGCCGGAGAAGCCAGAAAAGGAGGUCACAAAGCCCACGAGGGGCCGGAAGAAGGCAGUGAAGCCAGAAGAGAAGCCAAUUCCAGCGAAGGCGCCUCAAGUGAGAGUGACUAGAGCGACAAGGGCGACAAGAGCGUCGAAGAGGAAUCAGGAACUCAUCGCGCCGAGUGCUUCGCCGUCAAAAGCGGCUCUCUUGCUGCCGCCGGCGAAGAAACCCGGAACAUCUCCUCUGCCUGGCAGUGACAAUUACGAACUGUACAGGACUCUGGCGUCGCCAUCUGACAGGGAUUUUGACUCUCAGAGCUCCAUUCUCGGCAGCGUGUCGUCGAACAACACGCCAACGCCUGUGGCAAUCGGUGGAUUGCCGCUGGAGGAGACUUGUGUCAUCCGGAGGAGAGAGUCUAGUGACGGCACGAGUGAUAUUGACACAUCGCAGCAUAGUUCACUCGUUGCGCCGCCGUCGGAGAUUAAUGUGCGUCUGAAUGCCAUUUCUGAGUGCUCGGAAGUGGAUGAGACGGACACUGUGAAGGCUGUUGAGGAGAAGAGAGCGCCAGCGCCGAAGAAGUCACCAGCGAAGCCUGUGGCGAAUCGCCGUGUCACGCGGAGAGCCAUGAAAUCCACUCAGGAAGAGGUGAAGGAGCCCACACCGCCGCCCGCUGUCAAGGAGGCGUCCGUGGGGCGUGUGACCAGGAACAACAACAACGGGAAUAUUCCAAAGAGUCAGCCAGCAAAGGCGCCGCCGACGCGGAGUUACACGCGCAAGAGACGCGGCGCGAAGGUGGAUGAGCAGAUGAGUGAGAGUGCAGUGGCGGAAGAGGAGCCAAAGCAACCGGAGAAUUCUCAGAAGGACGAGGACAGUGCUAAGGAACAGGUGGCGGACAGUGCUGUGACCAAUGCGUCUGCCGAAGUGGCGGCGGAUCCUGAGGCGGCGGGCGACGGGAAGCCGCGCGCGAAGUAUCGACGAGGGCGAUAUGGACAGAAGGAGGUGAACAGCGAGGCGUCGCAGGAGUCUCUGGAGAUGCGAGACAAGAGCAGUGAAGUGGAGGAUAGCGACAGGAAUGUGGAUGAGAACAGUUCGGAGAAGCCGAGUGUGAAGCUUCUGAUUUCAAAGAAGAAGGGAAGCAUCUUCAAGAGUCGAGCUCUCGUGACUGAUGCCGAUGCGGCAAAGAAGCGACACGUGUACAAGCACAAGUGGGAUGACGACAGCAAGGGCAACUCGUCAAUUGAUACCGCAAAGGCGCCACAUGUGGAUGAGUUCAGUUUGGAGGGCAGCAGCUCGAGUAUGACGCGCCUGCCGAAGCCCACGGACAGUGGAGGCGAUCGGGAGAGUGUGAUGAGCUUCUCGCGUGAGCAGGAGGUGCAGCUGGAGAAGUACUACACGCGCGUGAGGAAUGUGAAGAAGGCGCAUCAGAUUCAGGAGAUUGGGGAGUUUCAGGAGAUGGAUGACGAUGUGGAGUACAUCUUGGAUGCCCUGCAGCCGCACAAUCCGCUGUCCACGCGAUGCUUGUCAGCGAUUCAGCUGUCAUCCAAGUGCAUGACGCCGGGCUUCAGGAUGCACGUACGGGCUCACGGCACAGUUGCGAAGUUCUUCAAGGCACUGCGCGAUGCCACGAAGGAUCAGAGUUUGGGUCUCUGCACGGCGACCAUUAUGUUUGUGCUGUCGCAGGACAAUCUGAAUAUGGACCUGGACAGGGAUUCACUGGAGUUGAUGCUGAGUCUGUUGGAGUCUGACGUGAGUCAUGCGGAUGCGUUGGACGAUGCGGGACUGAGUUUGCAGCAACUGCAGCGGAACAAGCAGAAGGUGCGCGAGCUGUGUGAGGAGGUGAAGAGCCAUGGCAAGGCGCCGCACUUGAACCUGGACAACAUCACGGUGGGAACGCUGGCCAUGGAGACGCUGCUCAGUCUGACGUCGAAGCGUGCCGGCGAGUGGUUCAAGGAGGAGUUGCGCAAUCUUGGCGGCCUGGAGCACAUUAUCAACACGAUCUGCGAAUGUUGCCGUCAGAUUUCGGACUACGUCGUGGGCUGGACGGAUGCUCUGCUGGACAAGUUGCGCAAAAUCGAGCGAUGCCUGAGAGUGCUGGAGAACGUGAUGGAGAUGAAUGAGCAAAAUCAAAGCUACAUCCUGGAGUAUCGCAAUGGCCAUGCCAUUGAGACACUCGUGAAGUUGUACAAACUGUGCGAUCGCGAGAUCGCUCUGUAUCCCACAAAUGACCAGACGUCGAAGGAGAAUCCGGGCGUGGUGAUUCGCGAGGCGUUGGUGCCCACGCUCAAAGUACUCAUCAAUCUCACGCAUCCGUUCAACGAUCGCGCCGUGGGGGCGGUGUUUCUGGGCGAGAAGGAGGGUCUCUUCGACACGAGUCUCCAUCUGUUGCUGCAGGCGCCCAAUUAUGUGCCUGAGAAGUGCAUCUUCGAGCUGAGCAUCCUCGUGCUGCUGCUCCUCAUCAAUCUCACCAUGCACACGAAGGCCAAUCGGGCGGUGAUAAUGGAGGCGAACGCACUGUCGGACUUUGGCAGUCAAUUCGCAAAGGUGCCCGCCAUCAAGGCUCUCGUGGAGUUCUUCUACAAGUGCGAAGAGAUGGCCAGAUUGGCUGAGCAGAAGACAGAUGAUCUCCUGGAUUCGAAUCCCAAGAAGAACGAGAAGAAGCACAAGACGUCCCAAGAGGAGGUCGAAGAGACUGUAACAAAGUUGCUGCAAAAGGCUGGUCAUCACAUGGAGCACACAAUGCUGGCGAGCUAUGUGUGUCUGUUGCUCGGACAUCUGGUGAUGGACAAUGAGGAGAAUCAGAAGAAGAUCCGGCCGUACUUGAAGGAGGCGACAUUCGAUGAUAUGGUGAAGGUUCUCGAGAAGUAUUACAACUUUAUGAAUCUCACUGCCAGCUCUGAAGCAUCAGUGGUGGCGCACAUAAAGUGGACAAAGGGAAUCAUUGACUACUUGCAGAAGUGCGAUUCACAUUCCGGCGGCCACCAAGACGCUGUCUCGUCGUCGGCUUCAAUCUCACGCGCUGGUGCUCCGGGAGGUUUUGUCUAUUCUUAUGGCUCUUCUCAAUACAGUACAAGAUAGAGUGAGUGUGUGAGCUGAUCCCAUCCCCGCGAACCCUCCAUUUUACUCCCAUUGAACGAGCGAGAGUGUGUGAAUGCGUAACUAGACAAAUUAUUAUUGCAAAGUGUAGGAUCAAAAGUCGCAAGGACAACGUCAAAGGACACAGCAAAAUGAUAUUGACAUGAAUGAAUAUUUAGAUACUAUAUUUAUUAGGUAAAUUGAAUGAAUAAUCGCUUAAGUCGUUGUACGUUUGAUUCCUCUUCGGUCCUUUUAAUUAAAUCUUCCUCAAUAGAAGAAAAAAAUUGUGUAUCUCUGAAUUCAAAAUGAUUAAUAAUCCCGAGGAGAUGUAAUUAAUGGUAGAAUAUAUUAUUGAAUAACAUUCAGACCAGAAUAAAAAGGUAGGUUUAAUAAAUUUUGCAUUGUUUAGCUUCUCCAUCGACUUAUUUUCCCUCGUCACCAUUUAAAUCACACUUUUCACCCUUAUAAAUUAAAUUAAGAUUUCCCAAUAUUAUACACUUGAAUCGAGAUACAAAUUGAAAUAUAUUCAAUGUUACCUGUAUAAAAUUUAAUUAAGGAAAUAUUGUGAGAAAGGUGAAAUGAGAAAAUAAAAAUAUUUGGACCAACUGUA